AUGAUACUGAUCUUGGGAGAGUUCUUCUUCCCACCUGGAACCAACCAUUUUCUCCCAAUAGACUGGGAGGACCGUUGGAGGCCUUUCCAGCAUCACAAUGCAUGGCAGCAUGCCACCAUCAUUGCGUCCUUCCAGCUCAGUGCCCUGGUGGAUCUCAUGAGCCAGGCAUGGCUGGCGCAGCAGAACAUGAAGCUGGAGUGGGCGGCCACAGCCUUGGCCCUUGUUGUGAUAGUGCUGGAAAUGGUGGCCCUCAUCGAGCACAGGAAAGCCCUGGAGUUCCAAGUGCACACCAUGCUGAUGCUGCCUGCCUUCCUGCUGGCCCUAGUGCUCACCAUCAAGGUCUGGGCCCCUGACCAGCCCCUAUUCUGGGUGCUCAGGGCCUGGCUGAUGCUGGUGUCUGGCUCCCGGCUGCUAGUGGAGACCUUGAUGUUGCAUGCCCCACUCUCCUUGCAGCCCUGGCAGGCAGACAGCCCUGUGGACCUUGCCUUUGUCACCACCUUCUUCUGCUGGCUCCUGGGCUCAGGGGUUGUCAUGCUGGCCACUGUCUAUGGCCUCUGCAGCCUCUGGCACCAUUGCUGCUCCUCCCGGAAAAGGGCCCCAGGUGCCGAGUACCACCCGUGCCCCCUAGGCGAGGACAGUGAGGAGCUUGAGCAGUUCAGAGCAGAGGCGGUGCUGCAGGAUGAAGUCAUCUAA